CGUAAACCUAAAAAAUUGUCAUUAAAAACGUAGAAGAGCCCUAUAGGUAAUUCUUCGUUAAUCAGACUUUGUAUUUGAAACGGAUUCUCAGUACGGAAAUGUCUUCAACUUACCACAACCAAAGACCCGAAGUUUCUACCUUAUCUUUAUCAAGUAAAACAUUGGCAAGAACUCAGAAACCCACCUUGUUCAAGAGCAAGUUUCCCCCGGAGCAAGAUACGUUUCCACCCAAUUACGUACAAGCCAAUUCAGAAUUCAGAGACCCAAACCUAAAUUGAAUUGUAUCCAUCUUUGAAGCCGAACCCCAAGCAUAUCAAACCAAAUAGCCAAGGAGAAAAAUGAGCCUGAAACUAGACCUUAAGCCUCACAAGCAUGAAUCUAAUGCUCAUUUCCGGUUUUCCCUGCGGUUAGACCACAGACAAGGACGGGCCCCUCUUAGCUAGUCAGUCAGUGGCUCAUUCAUGCAUUCUCUCUCGUUGAAUUUGUUACUUACGUAUUGAAGAGAGCCUAGUCUUUCUCCCGGUACCUAUCGUCGAAAACCAUAAAACAAACGCAAGCAUGUCUUACGGGCUAUCGAAAGCUUUCGACUAAUCCCAGAGGAUAUGAGCAAAAAAAAAAAAAACGAUCCGCCAAUGGCGCUCUCAAUGUCGGUUCAGAGGAAAGAGAAAGGAAAAAUAACCUCGAGGUCACGAGGGGACCAUCCAAAAAGGCCGCUUUGAUAGCCAGACGAGGAAGUUGUUCUGUUUCCUGCUGGUGCGCCGAGACGAGAAAGGAUCCGUAUCAGAGAAGUGCAACAUGUUCCCUCUGUGGUAGUUCUUCGGCUUCACAUUCAGUCGGAACAAAUCAUCGGGCCAGAACUCAUCAAUCCAGACCUGUUCGGCUUAUGUGUUGUAUAAGGGAAUAAUUUACAUCUCAGAGUUGGAGUGAAAGUUUCAUACCAAGUAUGAAGACGACAAGGUCGUUCCGCGGAAUCGAGAAAUUGCUGGUCCAAGGAUAAUGGAGGAUCGGUCAGACUUGUUGGUUGGUGUUGCGAGAACUUUUGAGACAGAGAACAUGAAUACCACGACGUACUCCGAUGAGGGUCAGGGCAAUGAGACUUCUCUCUAUCAAGCUCCAGAAUGGGUGUAUCAGGCAUCGGCCGUGGCUCUAUUUGCUAUCGGCUUUUUGGGCAUUGGAAGCAACCUUGUCACCAUUAUUGUGUACCUAAUGGAAAAAGUGCUGUGGACGCCCUUCAACCUCCUCUUGAUGAACUUGAUUGUCCUGGAGUUUAUCUCGAGCUCGUUUGGGCUUCCUCUGAAUUUUGCGGCCGCUCUUCACGGAGGAUGGACCUUGGGACAAGAGCUUUGCUCUGCGACAGCAUUCGUCAUGUCUGUGGCAGGGAUUGGUUCGAUCUCCAUGUUGACCCUGCUCUCUUUGCAUCGAUGUCUGUUGAUCUGUCUCCCACAUCAUUCGGCUCGCUUCAAUUCCAAGAUCUCGUGUUCCCUCCUCUUGAUUCUAUCCUGGAUCAACACGGCGUGUGUGACGCUUCCACCCGUAUUUGGUUGGGGUUACUUCAAACUGGAAUGCUUAGGAUUAAGUUGCGGACCUGCGUGGGAUGAUCCAGACAAUUAUUCAUACACAAGUUACCUGUUAUUCAUGGGAUUCGUUGUUCCCGGUUUUGUUAUCACGGUUACUUCCACCGUUCUCGUCGUUGUCAUGAAAAAGCACUCGGCGCAAAUCCAAUUGGCCUCCCUGAAAUCUGCAAUGGCCAAGAAGGAGCUCAGGGUGACCAAAAUGGUCAUGGCAAUGACCUUUUCAUUUCUGGGCGUGUGGUCCCCAUAUGCAAUUUGUGCCAUAUUUGUUAUCGCCGGGUACAAGAACCUUCUCAAUUCUCCCAUGGCAGUGGUUCCGCUGGUUCUGGCCAAAACUUCGACCUUCACGAAUCCGAUGCUUUAUGUGGUUCUCAACCCUCAGUUCCAACGGGCCUUCAAACGUUUAGUAGGUCUUCCUGAUAACACCGAUGAGAACAUCGCUCUAGCCACUUGUAAGACCAUUGUAACUGGCAAACCCGUGGGCUCAUCCCUCCUCAAACGACACAAUCGCAGUACCAAAGCCGACGGAUUGGGCGAAACCGAGAGUUCCAUGGAAUCCGAGAAGGCUCCCAAAGUGAUAAUUUCCACCCGAAAGAGUCGCAUUACCACGGACGGGCUCUAUGGAGAGUAGUAAAUGUUGAUUCAAACAAAAGCUCCAUGGCAAUAAACGCAGAAGCACGUGCGACGACUCUGAAGAAAAAAGACAAUCACUAUCUAUCCUACGUCCCUUCAGGCUGUCGAAAGUGCCAAAGGGAACUUUCUGGAGGGAGAUGCCCGUCUACCAGCUGAAGGGGCAGUACUGGGUUGUGCACUCCGACAACGGAUCCACUUGAAGGCGGUGAAUGAGUGAUAAAACAAAAGUUCUUGAAUCAACCCAAAAAACGAAAUCACCCAUCCAAUUCUAGAUGGUAUAUUUUUAGAACUGUAGUUGUGUCUCGUGAUAUAUCAACUCCUCGUCUUGAUGCACCAUUUGCAAAGUAGAAGAUCUCGGUACAAAGAAUUCCCGCGUAACACAUAUCAAGACAGUAUGCUGUUAAUCGUUGUUGUCAAUGUUGCAUUACGAAUCCCAUUUUGAAGACUAAUUUUUAACUUUUACCCCGGUGACGACCGCAAAUGUGACAUGCAACGGGCAAGUGUCGCAAGAUUCCUUACCCCUCAGAAUUGAACGAUGCAUCAAUCUGUGCUUCUUCUCAAAAUAUUGUGAAAAUCAAUUGUCAUACGAAACCGACCCUCUAGAAUCAACCUCAUAUCUUACCCCUCAGUCAUGUACGUACGUAUGUCGCAACGCAAAUUUUAUAAUGAUCCUCACCCCCUCCUCAUGUAACUCCAAGUAAACUUUAAAUGUUACUCAAGCUGUUCUUCUGCUCAAAAAGGACCUUUAUGGAGAAAUAAAAUUGUAUUACCCCCUCACAAUGGCAAUAAUCCGUGAA